AUGCAAGUCCUCAGUUCUCUGAUCCUGUCCUCUGCAGGGCUCGCUGCUGCAUAUGAUCUGCCCUCCAACCUGAAGCAAAUUUACGACACCUAUAAGACUGGCAAAUGUGACAAUGUCCUCGCUAGCGGAUUUGACGACGGAGGCUCAGGCACCGAUGUUGGUUAUUGCGGUGACAUAGACGGGGCCAUUUUCUUGUACGGUACCGCCGAUGGGGGAGUGUACGCCGACAUGGACAUCGACUGUGAUGGCGCCGAUAACAGCGCGGGAGGUUGCUCCAAUGAUCCGAGUGGCCAAGGUGUGACGGCUUUCAAGGAUCUAGUGAGCGACUAUGGGAUUGACGAUCUCAAUGCCAACAUUCACCCCUACGUGGUCUUCGGUAACGAAGGGGCAAGCCCAUCUUUUAAGCCCGACGACCACGGCAUGGAGCCACUGAGCGUGAUGGCGGUCGUGUGUGGUGGCAAGUUGCACUACGGUAUCUGGGGUGAUACCAACGGCGACACUUCCACGGGGGAGGCUUCAAUCUCUCUUGCUAAGCUUUGCUUCCCUAAUGAGGACAUUACAGGCGACAGCGGCCACAGUGGAAAUGAUGUGUUGUACAUUGGCUUCACUGGAGAAGAUGCAGCUCCCGGAUCCAAGGCAGACUGGACUGCGGAGGACAGCGCUACGUUUGAAGAGAGCAUCAAAUCACUUGGUGAUAAGUUGGUGGCUGGUCUUGACAGCUCGAGUUCACCCUCUAGUGAUGCGCGCACACCCAUCCUAGGAGGUCCCAAGAUGGGACCUGGACCCAUUAUCCCGUUCCGCCCUACGUCUUCGUUCGCUACCUCCACGCCCAUCGCUACUAGCACUCCCAGUUCUUCGAUGGUGUCCAGUUAUCCCUACCCCAGUGCGACUGGGACGCCAACCUGGACGCCGCGAUAUGUCCGGAAUCACUGA